ACUAGAGUAUACUGUGUAGCAGCUGAUUAUCCAACUAACAGUAGUGCAAAACAAUUAAUUUCUCACAUACGCAUCCAAUCUGCCCACUUCUUGUCGUCUUGCUGUUGAAGCUCACCCUAUCAUCUCUUCACUUCUGCCCGUAGAGAUCAACAUCUCUCUCUCUUUCUCUCUGUCUCGUCGAGAUUAUUGAGGUACUUGAUCGUCUCUCCCUCUGAAUCAUUUUAUCUCUUUAUAUGCAUAGAUUAUUGAGGCCCAGGGGACUAGGCAAGGUUUUAGGUUUAUCUAGCUGAUUGAUCAAUGAUCAUGCUGAAUGAGAGGAAAAUGGAAUUCUCGUUGCUCCAAGUCUUGAUUAUAUUUUGCGGUUUCCUGAGCUUUGUGGAAUGUAGAGCUGCUGGGUUAACUAGUAGUUUUGUUCGUUCAGAGUGGCCAUCUGUUGACAUUCCUCUCGACAAUGAAGUUUUUGCACUCCCAAAGGGUCAUAAUGCACCACAGCAGGUACACAUCACUCAAGGUGACUACGAUGGGAAAGCUGUUAUCAUCUCAUGGGUGACACCCAAUGAACCAGGAACCAGUGAAGUGAGAUAUGGCACAUCAGAGAAGAAUUAUGAUCUUGUUGCAGAAGGAAAAUUUAAAAAAUAUACCUUUUACAACUACACGUCUGGAUAUAUUCAUCAGUGUCUUGUCGAUAACCUUGAGUAUGACACCAAGUACUAUUAUGAAAUUGUGAGCGGUCAAUCCGCGCGGCAGUUUUGGUUUCAAACACCUCCAAAGAUUGGCCCAGAUGUUCCUUACAAAUUUGGAAUAAUUGGUGAUCUAGGCCAAACAUAUAAUUCUCUUUCUACUGUUGAGCAUUAUAUGCAAAGUGGAGGUCAAGCAAUAUUAUUUGUUGGAGAUCUUUCAUAUGCUGAUAGAUAUGAAUACCAUGACGUUGGUGUACGAUGGGACUCAUGGGGACGUUUUGUAGAACGAAUUGCAGCCUAUCAGCCAUGGAUGUGGUCUGCGGGAAACCAUGAAAUAGAGUACAUGCCAUAUAUGGGAGAAGUCACUCCUUUCAAAUCGUAUUUGCAUAGAUAUCCUACACCAUAUUUGGCCUCCAAGAGCACUAGUCCUCUUUGGUAUGCCAUCAGACGUGCAUCUGCCCAUGUAAUUGUCCUCUCCAGCUAUUCUCCAUUUGUAAAGUAUACCCCUCAGUACAAGUGGCUUGCUGAAGAAUUUGAGAGAGUGGACAGGGAUAAAACACCUUGGCUUAUAGUUCUUAUGCAUGUUCCUAUUUACAACAGCAACGAAGCACAUUUUAUGGAGGGUGAAAGCAUGCGAACAGUUUAUGAAAGUUGGUUUAUCAAAUACAAAGUUGAUAUGGUUUUUGCUGGCCACGUCCAUGCCUAUGAAAGAUCGUAUCGCAUCUCGAAUGUACUCUACAAUGUAUCAGAAGGUAGCCCUUAUCCCAUACCAGAUAAAGCAGCCCCUGUUUAUAUAACUGUUGGAGAUGGGGGUAAUCAGGAAGGUCUUGCUUCAAGGUUUAGAGAACCACAACCAGAUUAUUCAGCAUUCCGCGAAUCCAGUUAUGGACACUCUACUCUAGAGAUUAAGAACAGGACACAUGCACUCUACCACUGGAAUCGCAAUGAUGAAGGAAAGAAAGUGGAAACUGAUGCAUUCAUGAUACAUAAUCAGUACUGGGGAAGUAAUGGGCGAAGGAGAAAACUAAAGAAGAAAUAUCUCUAUAGAAUCACCAAGAGCAAACAACUCAAUUAUGGAAUAUGAAGUAUGAAGGCUUGGAGAAAAUAGACAAAUAUCGCAGCAUUUGAUUUGUGGGGCAGAAUCCAUUGUUACUACAUAUAAAUCAAUUCAUCUUCACCAGGCUAGUAAUGAGAGAUAUGGUGUUAGUGAUGGUCAUGUCAUUUUAAAUCUAGUGUGAAUUAAGGUCUCGGAUUCUCUCAAUUGACAUUGCUGUUGGUGACUCCAUUUUAAACUUCGGUGGUGUAAAGUAAGCAGACUGAGCAUCCUAUUCUUGUAUUUUAGAAUAACCAAAUUCCCCAUUCAGUAAUAAAAGUAUUCAAAAUAUUGCACUGUAA